AUGGCCUCUUUGGAACAAGAUUGUUGGAUAAGACUCAACGCAAAUGCACCGUGGAAUGACACCGGCGAAGGACUGUUUUCAACCAGAGAGAUCGAAAUGGGGCAUCUCAUCUACACAGAAUUCCCAGAGACAAUCGUCAACCAUCUAGAUCCCAAAUAUAGAGACAAUGCUGGCGAUGGAAUAGACUUGUUAUACUUCUGUCGGUCCAGCCUGACUCGUGAGAAAUACGACGAGGAGCUGAAGUACACACUCCUUGGAAAAAACACAGCGGAUAUGUUGGUCAAAAAACGGAAGGGUGGGAUUUUUGAUUGGACAACAGAACUGGAAAUGUUAAGUGUCAAGCCAACUUGGGUCAACCACAGCUGCGUGCCAAACAUGUACAGGAUCGAUAGCAACGACCUCAUAACGGGCCGACUCAAGUGUCAGUUUUUUGCGUUGAGAGAUAUUAGUGAGGGCGAGGAGUUGACGAUUGCCUACGAAGACGUAGUAGCGUGGGAAAGUGUAAGCACAAGAAGAGCAUUUCUUGGGAGGGAGUACGGAUUCUUUUGUCGAUGCCCGAGGUGUGCUGAAGAAGCCGAAUUACGUGACAUGGAACCUCUUCGACCGGCCCACAUGAAUUUGUCGCUACAAAUCCGCAAUGACAGCAGGCAGAUGGAUGGCGCUGGAGAUCACGAUAAUUCCCGGUCUCCGAAGACCCAGGACUACAAGCUCCCUAAAACCUAUUCUGAGGACUAUCUUCAUCUCAGACACAGUAAGGCAUUGAGCAGUAGUCGUGGACGAACUCGCCUAAGGCUUAAAUCCUUGUUUGCAGGCCUACGAGAUAGGUUUAACAAGAGUGAUAUUGCCGAAAAUACACUGGCCAUGGAUUCACAUGAUUCUCUUGAAAGGUUGGACGAGGAAGAAGAAUUAACAGGUGCUGUUGCUCAGCCCGGCUUGCCUUUGUCCAUCCGCGAACAGAAGAGGAAGGAGAAUAGUACAGUUUGA